UUGAUUCAUUUCAACUAACGUUAAAAAAAUAAUAAAAAAUUAAAUUACUCUACAAUAAGAAAAAAAUAAAAACAAUAAUAAUAAUAAUAAUAAUAAAAAUAAUAAGUGUAACAGCAACUUUCACUUAAAUUUAACAAUGUCUAUAAUAAUGUCAGUAAGUUUUAUAAAAAAUAUAAAUUAAACAAUUAAAAAUAAAACCAAAGUAUUUAAAAAUUUUAAAAUGAUUUUAUAUUAAAUGUGACAAUAAAUCUGUUUAAUUAAUUAAAUAAAAAUGAUUAAUUUAUGAAUAUUAAUAAUUGUGUUGAUAAAUAAUUAAAAUAAAUAUAUAAAAUGCUUCAAGCAGUACGAUUAUUAACAGAAUUAGCACGACCAGUUGAUUAUCGUCGUGAUAAUAGUGAUAUGGAUCCACGUCAACAAUUACAGCAAAAUAAUAAUCAGCAGCAGCAGCAGCAGCAUCAUCAGCAAGUAGUAGGACCUGAGAAUUCAAUAUUAUUCCGGGAAAUAUAUAAAAAUGGUUGGUUAAGAAAAACAAUUAAAACUGAUAAUAAAGAAACAAAUCGUUACUGGGUUGCGUUUUGUGUCCAUGAUGAUGUUGAGCCGAGAUUAGAAGGUUUUACUGAUCAGAAACAAGCAACAACUCAUUCCCCUGUCUGGGCAAAUUCAUUGAGAAAUAUUCAACAUUUAUCACCAACACUUUGUGCUACAUCAAGACAUGACUAUGAAUUUUGCAUAAAUUUUUCUGAUGAUCGGGUACUGAGACUCGCUGCCCCAACUUACUCGGCAAUGCUAGAAUGGGUACAAAUAAUUACGAGGAAACUUACGGAUAUGAAAAUACUGAAGCCUAAAGAAAAUCUUUAUUCGAGAGGUCCUGAAAGAAUCGCCACCAGAGAUCCUACUAGUCCGUUGCCGCCACCACCUCUGCCUUCUGGAUCAUGGACAUCUCAAUCUACGAAUGAUCCACCAUCAGUGCCAAGUAUUUCAAGCACCCCAUCAUCUUCCUCAUCAGUGUUAUCUGUCGAUCAACAAAAUUCAUCAAUAUUUACUUUCGAGGACAUAAGUCUCGACGAUCGUCGAUCGCGGCCAAGUCAAUCACGUCUAAGAUCUCUGAGCUCAAGUCCUCAUGUAAUUCCAACACCUGCACCAGCACCAACUCCUGCAUCAAGUAUCGACGAAGACACCAGCUACGAAAAUAUAUUCAUGGCCUCAUCAUAUCCAUUACCAACCAACAUAACCGAAGAAUCACGUACCAAUGAAGUAUCUGUGCCAACAAUCCAAAGUAAUGUUACUCAAGAGCCAUCGACUGACCAAUAUGCCGCAUUGAUAGAGUGCCGUAGCUCAGGAACGCCAGAGCCACAUCUUCCAAGUGUCUCAAGUCUAUCAAGUAUCUCAGCAUCAACAGGAAUUUCUUCAGCAUCAUCAUCCUCAUCGUCAUCAAGUUCAUCUAGCACAAGAACUGUACAAAGAUCAACACCUGGAACAACUUCAUUGGCUUCAUUAGCCGGGCCAAGUUCAUUAGCUUCAUCAUCACCUGGACCAAGUUCAUUAGCUUCAUUAUCACCUGGACCAAGUUUACUGGCUUCAACUUCAUCAUCUGGAUCAAGUCUCUUAGUUUGUACAUCACCUGGACCAAGUCUCCUACCCCCAGCAUCACCUGGGCCAAGUCUCAUAGCUUCAACGUCAUCUGGAGCAAGCAUCAUAGUUUCUAAAUCACCGGUAACCAGUAUUUCAUCAUCAAAUCCAACACGACAAUUAACAUUACGCGAAAAACAAAUAGCUCAACUAAAACGUGAAAUGACACAUCGAGCUGGUGUACGACUACAACUUGGAAGACGUGAUUGUAAAGACAGUAUUGCUUUUGUUGAUACUUUUGGAUCCAUCUGGGUCGCCGGAUGGAAAUGUCGUGAGCAUCCAUUACUUUACAAUGUUCUACAUGUUGGCGACAUGGUAAUAAGUGUAGCUGGAGUUGUACCAAAUAGCGCAAGUGCUAUCCGAGAUAUUCUUAAGGGCAUUACAACACCUAGAGUUGAAGUGAUAGUCCGUCGUCUACCUUAUGCCCGCGCAAUGAUACUAACUAAGCGUACGGACAAUGAGGAUUUUGGUUUAGAGGUUAAUGGUAAUGAAUUAUCUGGAGUUAGUGGGGUUGCAAUAAAUGCCGGACUGUCACCUCUCGCUGAUGCAACAGAUCCUACAGCAACAACUGGAUCUAAUACAACCUGGACAAUAACAGAGGUUAAUAAUCGUCCUUUGAAUAUGUUUGAUAGCUGUGCUAGUGAUCGGCUCAAAGCUAUCGGUAGAGAUAUUUCUAUUGUUGUACAACCUACUGAUCUUAUUGCGUCAUUACGCAAUAAAUUACGUGCAAUGCGUAGCUAUAAAAGUUUUAUUUUACAGUGAUAUAUUUUUUUAGGCAAAGAUUACUAUUUUUUUUUUACUUUUGAGAUUUUUGUUUGACCCUUCAGGGCUAUCGCGAUUUUUGCGCACGCGCAUGCGUACAAUCAGUUUAAUUUAAAAGAACUAAAAAAAUGAGAUUAAACAUAAUUUAUUUUAAACUAUGACGUAACAUGACGUACGGAAAGACACGAAUCGAGCCGAGUAGACCCGAUCAUAAAAAUUUUGUUACUAAUUGUCCUCUGAAGGGUUGAAUAUUUUUCUUUGUUUUUUUAAUUAUUGUUUAUUAGUCCAAACGAAUAAUUAAUUUUUUUUUUUUUCAAAUUAGAGAGAUUAAUGGCUAUUAAGUAUCUAAUUAAUAAUUUAUUUGAACUUUGAAAUUAAACGUUUAAUUAUUAGUACAAAAUUGUUCCGUAAUUGGGACAACCCGGGUAUUUAAAAUUGUAUUCUGCUAUUGGCAUUUUUUUUGUUUUUAAUUGAAAUUAUAGAUAAUAUUUAAUUAGUUGUUAUUAUUAUUAUAAUAAUUAUCAAUAUAUAUAGAGUAGCGCAUUUAUUAAUUACUUGUCAAUUAUUUUUAAUUAAAAACAAUUAGAGUAAUAAUUAAAUGUGCGUAACAUAAUAAUAACAACAACAAUAAUAAUAAUGAUAAUAAUAAUAAUAUUAAUAUUAAUAAUAAUAAUAAGCGUAUCCUGUGAUAAUUUAUACGAACAUAAUUAUUAAAAUUAUAUAAUUAUGGGUGAAAAAAAGUUAUUAUCGAUUAUAAUAAAUUAUUGAUAGUUAAUAAAAAUAAGAAAAUAUAUAACACUAUUAACAAUAUAAUUAUAAUUACAACAAUAAUAAUAAUAAUUAUUACUUUAUUGA